UGCCUGAAGGCUGCCUGUAGAAUGCGCGCGGCGCAGGAUCGAUUUUUCCACUAAACAAGCCAUUUUCAACCGUCAGUGACAUUGUAAACACGUUCUCCACGUUACUUUACGCUAUCUGGCACAACAAAACAUGUGAAAUUGUUUCGCAAAUGAUGCGCCAACAUUCCCGAACAGAUGACGAUGGCCGCACAAAAUAAAGUGGAAAGUAGUUCAGGCGAUAUGCCGUCGACAACAGACCCAGCAGCAGAACAGAAAGACCGCCUCAUCGCUGCUGUUAAGAAAGAAGUCAAGCAGUUGAUGGAAGAGGCGGUUACACGGAAAUUUGUUCAUGAAGAAAGCGGUGGAGUGACAGCACUAUGUGGUGCUGUGGAAGCCUGCCUUGGCCAAGGAUUGCGCAGACGUGCCCUUGGACUUUUCAAGACCAGCUCUACGACUGCACUUCUACAUAAGAUUGCUAAGCACUGCCCAGAAGCGGCUCUAGUAUCAGCGAGGGUGCUGUCUGCGGAGGGUGCUCCAGCGACCCGUUCUGCCUCCGGCGUCGAACGACGACCAUCAGCCCCGCGUCCACCAUUACACAAGCGAGGAUCGGGCUCUUUACUUGGCUCACAGCCACCACCCACGUAUAGAUAUCUUUGGAUUCGUAUCGCCCUAUUUGAGCGUCAAUUGGCGAAGAUUAUAGAGCAUCUUGUGAAUAAUGCUACAAGAUAUUAUGAAAGGGACGCUUUAGUUGCCGAUCCUGACUAUGGGAGUAUCUUAAGCUCACUCCUCGUUGGACCAUGCGCUUUAGAAUAUUCUAAGGCUAAAGCGCCAGUUUGCUUCUGGACAGACCCACCCGCUGAUGAAUUGGUACAAAGACACCGUAUGUCUGCUGGGACAACGACCCCUCCUUCUGUGAGAAGACCUAUUCUUAACUUUAGGAGGAGUCUCAACGCUUCGUCCGAUGACAAUGCGUCAGUAAAUGGCGGAUCAGGAAAUUCCACCGCAUCUAGUGCCAAAGAUUAUGUAGAAAGUUUACAUCAGAAUUCGCGUGCAACAUUAUUGUAUGGAAAAAAUAAUGUUCGGGUGCAACCGAAAGACGUAGAGGAGGCUAUGCCGGGAUAUUUAAGCCUGCAUCAAUCAGCUGCUGGUUUAAUGAUUAAAUGGACGCCCAAUCAACUCAUGAAUGGUUAUGCUGAAAGCGAAGGGAUUGAUAAAAGCAUUCGUUGUCACCUAGUGCAUGUGUCGGCGUGUCAAAACAAGUGUAUUCUGUGCAGUGCUGCCCCCUGUACUGUUUACAGGCGUCUAUGUUCUGGACCGCUUUGCUUUGAUUGUAUUUACUGGGCAAUGUCAUUACAAGUGUGUGUGUGGGAAGUUGUAUACGUACACGUACAUCGUUCACAAGCAAGUGACGCUCUAAUUCUAGUUGGGCAAGACGGUGUCCAACGUCCCCCAAUACACUUCCCAAAAGGUGGUCAUCUGCUUUCCUUUUUAAGCAAUUUGGAGACGGGUUUACUUCCACAUGGCCAAUUGGAUCCACCGCUUUGGUCUCAACGUGGGACAGGCAAGGUGUUUGGUAGAAACAAAGGCAGAAGACGUCCAAUGCCGAGUCUAUGUGAAAGUGGGGAAAAUGAGGAAUCGGAGGUUGAUGAAGUUGCUGGCGAUUAUGUCUUUCGUAUCGUCAACAACGCUAUAGCAGAUCGGGAAGCAAUGCGCCACUCUCUACUAGAGCGUGUAAUUCAAUCACCUCCACGCACCCCUCGUCGGACCCUGGCCUCUACAUCCACUACAUCAUCAGAUUCCAGCACCAUGUCAGUUGACUGCCCACCUAUUAUUGGCAAUUUAACUCAAACAACCAUCACACAAGUGUCUCUUGAACAGGCUGCUUCCAUAGAGCUUGUAUGCACCACAAUGCGACGACAAAUAAUCUCUCGAGCGUUUUACGGGUGGCUGGCGUAUUGCCGGCACCUUUCCACUGUCCGGACCCAUCUUAGUGGCCUUGUGCAUCCAAAUAUUGUUCCCGGAGAAAAUACCAAUGAAGGUCUAACAGAUGCAAUAUGGCGAUCUAUGAUGGAUGAACGAGGAGCCAUCGUUGAUAAGGACGAAGUGUAUAGAUUGGUGUACUACGGAGGAGUACAGCACGACAUAAGGAAAGAAGUCUGGCCGUUUUUACUUGGAUAUUAUGAAUUUAACACAACAUUUCAAGAGCGACAAGAGCAGGACUGUACGUACCGUCGUCAGUAUGAGACUACGAUGUCUGAAUGGCUCUGCGUUGAAGCUAUUGUAAAGCAAAGGGAUCGGGAGGCGACGGCGGCUUCUAUUGCACGGCUGUCAUCUGGAAAACCUAAACCUGAAGUUGAGCCUUGCGAAGUCUUUGAAGACGACUGCAGUGUAAUAUCAGAUAAUCCACCAGUUGUAUCACCAGAACCAAGCGAAAACGAACAGAAAAGACUAGAGGUCAAACCUGUGCUUUCUCGAGCUCCAAGCAUAGACGAAGUAGAUAAUAUAGAGUUAGAUGAAGAAAAGAAUGAGAACGGAGCCAAGAUUAACGGAGAGACUGAUACUUGUGAAGAUAUAACUUUCGAUGAUGAUGACGAUGAUGAAGUUUGUAUCAAAAGUGUUGUGGAAAAUCCGGAUAUGAGAAGAGAGAGUAUUGCAGAAAUUAAAAGAUUGGCAGAAGGAAUCGUGCAGAAGGGAGAUGGAAGAGGUUUAUUAUGUAGUGUUGACAGUGGAAAUGCUAAUUUUAAUGGAAAUGAUAAUAAGUCAAUCGAAGAACCGGCACCGAAUCAUGCGCAUAGUGUUAUUGUUACAAAUCCAUCUGUUGAUUUGGCUGUUACCGGUGGAUCUCCUGCUUCAGGAGGAACUACAGCGCCAGCAAGCCCAGCCCGUAGUCCUUUGGGCGUUCUUCGUGAGGAGUCUCAUUCAGCUGGUGCCUCCUUUGACACUCUAGAUCCGGAAUCUCGACCUGACAAUCGCUCCAACUGUGUAUCACCUGCCAGUUCUAAUGGAGGCGUUUAUUCGAAUGAACUAAUAGAGAGUUUUGCAUUAAAUCUCCAUCGGAUAGAAAAGGACGUACAGAGAUGCGACCGGAACUAUCCCUUCUUUACGGAUGAAAACUUGGAUAAAUUGAGGAAUAUUAUGUGCACAUACGUCUGGGAACAUCUCGACAUGGGCUAUAUGCAGGGGAUGUGUGACUUAGCAGCCCCGUUGUUAGUGAUAAUGCGUGACGAGGCAGUUGCGCACGCGCUCUUCGCCCGACUCAUGUGCAAAGCCAAAGACAACUUCCCUUCUGGACAGGCCAUGGAUGCCUAUUUCGCUGAUAUGAGGUCUCUGAUCCAAAUACUGGAUUGUGAGUUGUAUGAGUUGAUGCACGCACAUGGAGACUACACACACUUCUACUUCUGCUACCGCUGGUUUUUACUUGACUUCAAGCGGGAACUUCUGUAUCAGGAUGUAUUCUCAGCGUGGGAGUUAAUAUGGGUAGCGCGUUAUGUAGCGUCAGAGCACAUGGUUCUUUUCAUAGCUCUGGCAUUAUUAGAAACCUAUCGAGAUGUAAUACUCGCUAACUCUAUGGAUUUUACAGAUAUCAUCAAGUUUUUCAACGAAAUGGCCGAACGCCACGACGCGUCAGCAGUUUUAUCGUUAGCUAGGGACUUAGUCCUUCAAGUUCAAACGCUUAUAGAGAAUAAAUAAAAUAUAAAUAAUGUCAAAAUGUCUUUAUAGCAGAUAUAUUACUUGUAUUGUAAACAAUUAUACUGCUAUAAUGAUGUGUAUAAGUCAAGUGACUAAAGCCUACAACAGUGAUUAUUUAAAUUUUAUUUAAAGCCUUUUUAUGUGACCAUUUUCUCAAUAGUUUGAAAUGUAACACAAACCAUAAUAUUUAGUCUACUGAGACCUGGGAGACGGAGGCCUGAUCUAACUCUCUCCGAUUCCUAUCCCGUGCAACUCUAGUCCACACAGCCCCGCCGUGAUUUGCAGAUGAUCCCUCCAUCGCCUGAUCUAUCUACCUCUUUUUCCUCAUCUCGGGGCUGCCAUUCAGUAGUGGACUUGCUCUUGUCACGUGCCCCAACCUUCGCCAUUUUAGCCGUUUUAUUUUCUGUAACAUCGUCAACAUUUGUAAUCGUUCUGACUUUUUCUGCCCUUAUGCGAUCUUCUAGAAUGACCCAACACGACCACGUUCUUUACUUUUAUCUUUGGCAUUAUGUGUGUACCUUUGAAAGUGUUUGAAUAAUUAUAAAUCUUUAUUAAUUUAGCUUCAUUUCUAACACCGUAAUUUAGAGAAAGUUUAGUUUUAAUCUUUAAAUAUAUUUAUAAUGAAUGAAAAAUAACAACGAUAAAAAAUAUACGAUUCCAUACACAUCGCAAGUAGUUCACCAUAGAUACCAAACAAUAUUAUAUUCAUAAAGUAGGUAACUCUUUCAUUAAUGUAAGAUUGAUAAAAUAUUUGACUUAUAAUAUCUAUUUCCCAAAAUAAAUCAGUGUAAUUAGAAAAGCCAUUGGACAUAAUCGAUUUGGGCAGCACAAAUGUGAGAAACCUCACGAAGUGUGAUACUGAUAGAUAUUGGUCUCUUUAUUUAUUAUAUUAGCUAAUAGACCCAAAAAGAACUGACAAGAAUCAUGGCAUUUUAAACAGUUAUAAAUAUGUAUUCUAAAGCAUGUACCACAGAAAUAAUAUAAAGAUUUGUGCAAACAAAACACAACACAGAAAAAAAUACAAGCAAAACCAUUUAAAAUAUAUGCCAAGAAUCAAUCAUUUAAAAAGGGGAAUCGAAGUAAAAUAAAUAGCAGAAAGAUUAUUUUCAUAGAUUGCAUAUAGGUCAGGAAAAAAGGUCUACUUCAGGCCUACAUAAAAAUUAUUAUAUAUUGUUAAUUCAAGUAUGACUAUUUUCGCGUAAAAAUACACGGCUCGCCACAGGCAGGUCUAAGCCACUUGACUUAAAAAAUGGGUCAAUAAGCAGUAAAACUUUUAGAAACACAUUCUGUAGUAACAAUAUGGAUGUUUUAAUAGAAAUUAAUUU